AUGGCUGGUUUUGAAAGCAGUCAAGGUGCUAGCAGUGCUACACCAUCCACUCCCAAGAGAACAGCUUCAGAGGCCUUUGAGGGUUCACCUACAAGUGAAGGUGCUGAUAGUACAGUGCCACAACCAAAGCGGAGAGUUUCAGAGGCCUUUGAAAGCUCAUUAAGUGAAGCUUCAGAUGGAGAAUUUGACACUGAAAUUGUCUUUGCCUUAGAUUAUUCCUCAAGUGUGUCAGAUGAAAACUUCCAAAAGGAAGUAAACUUUGUCAAACAAUUGGCACAGUCUUGGGAUGUUCCCUCAGAGGAUUCCAUAGUCACUGUUGUGUAUGGGCAUAGUGCCAAAGUAGUAACAUUGGAUUCUGGCAAAGACAACUCUUCUGUUGAAUUAACAGAAGUGAGACCUGAAGCAUGGAUUGAAAGUGGAAGAAGAAGAAUGGAUCAGGCCCUACUUAAGGUUGCUGAUUAUUUCAAAGGGAGGUCCAAGCAUGAUCAGAAUGGGCUUCAUCAGCUUGUCAUUCUAGUGACAGCUGGUAAGCAGGUAUCAGGCACUGAAUGCAAUGAAGAUAACCCUGAUCCCCUUGUGUCAGCAUAUGAGAAACUCUCCUCUGAAAACAUCAAAAUUGUUGUUGUGUCAGUUGGCUUGGCAGCUGAUUUCAAAGAGCUUGGUCACUUGGUGAAGAGGCCACAUUUUUUGUUCCAGCUCUCCAGUUUUGAUGAUAUGACGCCUGAAGAAGCCCAGAGUAUGGCAGCAUACAUGAAGAAGACGGCAGACAUUGAAGCCUAUGCGAAAAAGCAAUUUGACCGCUUCAAAGGUAUCCCCCAAAAGUCAGGUUUGUGGGAAAAUAUUAGCCUUUGUUCUGAUGUCAUGGAAGGAGCUUGGUACUUACUGUACAAUGAUCAGAAGCAGAAUAAACACGCUGGAAUCAAGAAGAAGAUACGAGAAAAUAUUGACAAUUUUCAUAGCAAACUUGUAACAGAAAGUAAGAUUACUGUUUUAGUUGAUGUGUUUGGGCCACUCGGGGCUGGUAAGAGUUUUUUCCUCAACUUUCUUUUAAAUUGGGGUUUACCUGAUGAACAUAAGGUGGAAAAUGGGCCCCUUCCUUCAGCAUCUGGAGGCAGCCAAACACCAAUUCCAAUUUAUGUAAAACAUGGUAACAAUGUUCAGGUGUUGUUACACAAAAGUAACAACGAUGUAAGUAACAAAAGUCCCUCUGUUUGGUUUCCCAAAGAGGAACUGGGUAGAGGCACUUUAGCCCGUGUAAGGGAUAAACUCGAAUCCAAGUUUGAGGAAAUCCAUUCAAAGUUUGAGAUGGAUAAAAGCUUGCCAGAUGUGACUUGCAUAGAAAUUCAGGGACCAUUUCCAGUGUUCCGUGAUUUGAACUGUAAUGUUCACGAGAGCGACAGGACAAGCUUGGGCCAUCCGCAGCUAGGCGUUGCGCUUGAUGUGCAAUUCGUAGAUUUACCUGGACGCGGUGAUCCAAUUGGAGACGAUACAAUCAAUGUGGAGCUGAACAAGGCUGAUACAGUUUUGUUUUUUAGUAGUAGUCAGUCAGGGAGACCAGUUUCGUCGCAAGAUAUCGCAGACAUAUUUAGCAGGCGUAGCAACUGGGAGUUUACAUCGCGGCCCAAACUCAUUCAUGUAGUUAAUGACAGAGAACCACCACACACACCCUCACCCAACUUCGAUCUUUUGCACGAUGAAAAAAGAGAAAACCUCAAGAAAGGAUGGGAGAGCUUUUUCAAGAGUAGCACAGGAGACAAUGGAGUCUACAAAUAGGUAAGGGAGAACCUUCCUCAGCUGAGUGCUGAAGUCCUUUUGGAGAAAUUGUCCAACGAGAGUGACGUCCUUUAUUUCCACUCAGAUAAUCCUGGCUUUGUAAAAUCCUUAAAAUCCUUAAUUGAUGACCAUGUUCAGACCGUGAGAAUGAAAGAAAUGAUCCACCCAUUUUUGAAAAAAGUCCAUUUUGUUGCGAAAAAGCUCAAACAGCGAACGGGUGACACCCGCCACAGACAGAAGAAAAAACAGGAACCAAUUACUGUUAAAGUUGGAGAAACGCCCUUUAUAAUGCUUGGUGACAUAAAUGAAGCGAUUGAGCUGAUCACUUCCUUUAUAGACGAAACACCUCUUCCACUGGAGUUGGAUACUAAGAGCUUGCACCACUUCCUAUACAACAAUUUUUUGGUUUUGAAUAAAACGCAGGUGUUUCUUCAAGAUACUUUGAAGGCGUCAUUGGAAAACUUCACUUCCGAACUGAUUGCCAAUAGUUCCACUUUGCAAGACGUGGAGGCAGGUCUCCUAGAGUUGGUAGAGAUGCUGUGCAAGGAUAAAGUCCAGCAGUAUUGUGUCGAUAUUGCACCAGCAUACCUGCUGCAUGUUUUGGGCAAGAGGAAGAAUCGAAACCCAUUUGGCAAAGCUACAACGAAGCGUUGGUCAAGUGCCAGUAAAGAACAAAAGCGAGACCAAUAUCAUGAAUUGCUUUACCUUCUGCUGAGGCAUACUUUAGAUGCUUUCAAGACAGGUACUCGUGACAAACAAUACAAGAAAUCUCAUUUUUACCUCAUGGAGCAGCUGAAGGAGUUUGUCAGAGAAGGGCUUGCCGUCAGAUUUGUCAGUGAAGCUUCCAAGGCUCAUUGUUUGAAAUCACUGAAUGAAAAGUUACCAAAGAUAAUUGAAUUUUGCAACCAUUCUAUACGGGAAAUAAACCCUCACCCCAGCUUAGAUGGUGUGUACAAUAUACAGAAAUAA